AAAUACUGAAGGGUGGAAUCAAAUUUGCCAGUAACAAUCAUUUAUGUAACGUGGAGACCAUCCAGUGGAUUGACAUUCUGAACAUGAAGAGUCAGCCUAAAAUCAAAGAGCCAGAACCAAACUUAGCAAGACAAUGUAAGAAGUGUGAUCCAAGCUGUUACAAUGCUUCCUGUUGGGGCCCUGGCCCCCAAAACUGCCAAAAAAUGACUAAGGUGAUCUGUGCGGAGCAGUGUUCAGGGAGGUGUAAGGGACCCAAACCCGUUGACUGCUGUAAUGAACAUUGUGCUGCUGGCUGCACUGGACCAAAACCAACCGACUGCUUGGCCUGUAAGGACUUUCAGGAUGAGGGGACAUGUAAGGACGCAUGUCCACGGCUCAUGCUCUACGACCCCAACACCCACCAGCUCGCUCCCAACCCUGAUGGGAAGUACAGCUUUGGGGCAACGUGCAUCAAGAUAUGCCCACGUAAGGCCAGUCAAGAUGCGAUUCCUCAUUUUGUCUUUCUACUUGAACACACAACCAGAUUCUUAUUACAUCUUUUAUGCGAAUCCAAGCUGUUAGAAGGGUAG